GAAGAGGCAGCUGUCAGAAAUUCAUACAGUUCCCCAAAAUGACUUAAUGCAAUUUCUACUCCAUGCUUUGUGUUCCAAUAUAAAAUUACAAGAAGUUUGGGAAAGCAUGCAAUCUUUACUGUCAUCAUUUCCCACCCCCUCACUGGACCAGUUCUGCCUAGGGCUCCUCUUCUUAGCCUAUAAAUCCUCCAAGGCAGCCUCUUCCUCCAUCAGUUGCCUGAUUCUUUGAACUGAGUUCUCCUUAGCUUUUGAUCUCUCCAGCACUAUGAAGAUCUUCCUGAGUAUUUGUCUCUUCUUGGCCAUCCUUUCUGAAGUGACAGCUGAGAAAUGUAAAGUAAAGAAACUAAAUGACAGUGUUUCACAAGGCACCUGUGAAACUUCCAAAGGUGGAAGUUGCUUUUUUCGUGUUAUUGGCAGAAGAUUUAGAAGAGAGGAAGCUGUUGCUUUCCUGCAUUCUGCCUCAGGGUCUUACUGCCCACCCCCUUAUGUUUUGGUUGAUGUUUGCUCAAACGGAACAAAGAGCAGGGAAAUCCCCUCCCCUCCAGGCAAGCAGAGGGGAACAGAAAGGAUUGCGUCCUUCCUUCUAAUUCCUCUCCGUGGUCCGGUGCUGCUGCGUCCAGGGAAGCAUUUUAGGGACUCGCAGGCAGCCGGAAAACAUGCAGAUGGCUCUACAAAGUUGGAAACUGAAGGCGGAUGUACUACAGAUUGCACCUCAGGGAACUACAUUUUCACUUCAGGAAAAGAUAAUUUCUUGCGGGAUGUCAGGUUCUGCUGUCAUGCUAUAGACUGCUACAAGAAAUUUUUUCAACUGCAACAACCUGAGUUAAAUGGGCAGGAGUGUCCGACCUGUUUUCCUUCUUUCUCAAAAGCCUGUAAGGGCUCAGAGACCAUCAAGUGUUAUGAUGAUCAGACCCAGUGCAUAGAGUUUGUUGUUGAUCAUGAUGACAGUGCAAUUCCCGAAGAGGAUUUCUACGGCUGUGCAUCACCAAACUUUUGUGCAAUGGCCAAGAAGUCAAUGCAUUUUUAUGCCUUUUCAGGCACUAUAACCAAAGCACGAUGCAGUGAUACUCUGCCUCUCCUAGAGCAGCUCAACUUUGAAGGGUAGUUAGGAGAAAACAAUGUCUUCUUCCUUUUGGUUCCCACUGUUUCUUGCAGCAGUGGAGGUGGAGGUUGCUUGCCUGGUGGUGGGAGAGGCAGAGCUACUGCACAGGACUCCUGAAUCCUCUAUUUGGCUUUUAAUGGAGGGUGAAACGGAUGCAGGGAUGCAGGGAAUAGAUAAGUAGGAAUGUGGGUCUUGGCAGCUCUAUCUCAUGAUAAUAUGGUAUAGGGUU